AUAAAAGGCACAUGAGGCUUCCUUUUUCUCUUCACACAAAACUGUGCAGUCAUUUCUAACGUAACUUAAUUAAAAAUUGUCUGCAGGCUCAGAUAAUAAUGGAAAAAAGAAUUGUCUGUCAGCUUCUUAUCUGUCUGUUGUGUAUUGUGAUCCCAGUUCAACCAGCCGAGUCACGAAAAUGUUCUUCUUCAAAAUCACAAUUUUGUUGCAAUGUUAGAUGCAGGCCAACUAGAGAGAGGUGUCACUGUGACAAGAUCUGUUUUAAGUUUGGAGACUGUUGUUUCGACUAUGAAGAAAUAUGUCGAAAAGUGAAAUUAACAACACAGACAACAACAACAACAUCAACUAAAGAAACAAAAACUACAGCAGUGUCACCUGCAGCAGUGACAGCCUCCGAACAAAUAACUGCAACUACAACAUCUACAACAAACAAAAUAACUUCAGGAACAACACUGACAAGUCAAGGAUCAAUACUAACCAAUACACCUGAAGCACCAAACCCAGCAAACACAAAUGAGCAAACUAGAGAUAAAACAACAGUUCCAACUCAGGAAUCAACAACCAUGCUGACCACAGGGCAAUCAAUACUUUCAACACCUAUAGUACAAAAAACAACAUUGACAAUAAAGGAACAAUCAGAAAGUAAUACAUUGUCGUCAUCACAAACACCUCAGCAGGAAAGCACAAAAGAGAUAACAGGAGGAACAGAAAUAAGCAAUACUGGUACCAAAGAAAAAUCUCAGACAACAUCCGAACAAACAGAAGACACAACACAAAUUACUUCUUUACGAAGUUCAAAUAGUCCAGCAACAUUAGUAAGCAUUACUUCUCUUAAAACUGUAAGUACAGAAUUACUGCUAGAAACUGCUUCUGCUAAAAGUAUCAUUGAGACCACACAACUUCCAGUCAUCUCUUCCACAGGAGCUGUAACAGAAAAACAAAAUCUGGAAACUACUUCUGUAGUAGUGCUGACUCAGACACCAUCAGAAGUAUCUAUAGAAAUUACAACAGAGACAAGAAGUGCAAGCACAGUAACGUCAUCAGAAUUAUUGACACAAAGAAUAACCGAGGCACCGCCAGGUGAUACAACAUCCUUAGAACAGAUGACUAAGACAGAAACUCCAGGAACGGAGGAAUCAGCUACUGCAACUGCUACAGAAGUAACACCAGCAGAAAGUGCAGCUGUUUCAGUAACAUCAAAUAUACUGUCAACUGGAAGUCCAGAAGAGACGCAACCACCAAUUACUGCAUAUGUAGAAACUGCAGCUAAAACAUCACUAGCUCAAGAAACUUCAGCUGAGGCAACUACAUCAUCAAAAACAGCUGAGAUAACUGUGCCUCCAGGAAGAGUUUCUACAGAAACUGCAACAAUUCCACAACCAGGAGCAUAUACUGAAAAUACAGAAGAAACUUCACUUCCACAAUCGCAAGUCACCUCUACAGAAAAUACAUUUAACCAGGAAACUUCAGAAUUACCAGACUCUUCUCAACCAUCUACUGCAGUCAUAAGAGAAACAUUACUUCCAGUAAAUACAGAACCCAUGACAGCAUCAGCAAACACAGCUUCAGUAGAAACUCCAACCGUAACAGUAGCGCCAUUAACUACAUCAAUAGAAAGUACAGGGGAGACAGAAAACACAGCUGGGACACCUGCACCAACAGAAACAUCUUCAAAAACCACAGCUAUAAGUUCACAAACAGAUGUAACUGUUACAAUUACAGCCGAAACAUCACUACCACAGACUGAAGCAUCAUCUACAGAAAGUACAACUGCACUCCAAACUACAGAAUUGCCAGACUCUUCUCAACUAUCUACUGCAAUCAGAAGAGAAACAUUACUUCCAGUAAAUACAGAACCCAUGACAGCAUCAGCAAACACAGCUUCAGUAGAAACUCCAACCGUAACAGUAGCGUCAUUAGCUACAUCAGUAGAAAGUACAGGGGAGACAGAAAACACAGCUGGGACAACUGCACCAACAGAAACAUCUUCAAAAACCACAGCUAUAAGUUCACAGACAGAUGUAACUGUUACAAUUACAGCCGAAACAUCACUACCACAGACUGAAGCAUCAUCUACAGAAAGUACAACUGCACUCCAAACUACAGAAUUGCCAGACUCUUCUCAACCAUCUACUGCAAUCAGAAGAGAAACAUUACUUCCAGUAAAUACAGAACCCAUGACAGCAUCAGCAAACACAGCUUCAGUAGAAACUCCAACCGUAACAGUAGCGCCAUUAACUACAUCAAUAGAAAGUACAGGGGAGACAGAAAACACAGCUGGGACAACUGCACCAACAGAAACAUCUUCAAAAACCACAGCUAUAAGUUCACAGACAGAUGUAACUGUUACAAUUACAGCCGAAACAUCACUACCACAGACUGAAGCAUCAUCUACAGAAAGUACAACUGCACUCCAAACUACAGGAUUAUUGGUGUCUUCUCCACCUCAGUCAUCAUCUUUAUCUGACAGUCAGCAUACAAGCAAAACCCAACCUGAAACUGAAAACAGAAUCUCUACAGCUCAAGCAACAACUGUGGCUGACACGGAAACCACAACAGCAGUGAUAGUCAGAACUGAGAUUCCACCUACAACUAGACAGGUAACAGAGAAAAGUACGGCUAUUACUGCAACUAUAUCCACCCCUACAAUACUUACUACUACAAUUACAGCACCUCCUGCAAUGACAACCACAGCUAUACCUUCAACUACAGUUAGAACCACAACUACAACCACGACAACAACAACAACAACAACAACUACUACUACUACCACUACCACUACCACUACCACUACUACUACUGCUCCUAGUGGUGGUGGUGGAGGUGGAGGUGGUUGUUUUUUCGGAAACUCUACAGUGCAACUUGAGGAUGGCUCAGUCAAGCUAAUCAAAGAUGUGAGAAUCAAAGACAGAGUUCUGGCAGUAGAUAGACAAGGACAACUAAUGUUCAGUGAAGUCAUUUUGUUACUGGAUAUACUUCCAGAUUAUUUUGGUGAAUUUGUUAUCAUUGAAGCAGGUGGCAAGCGGCUGCACCUUACACCAAGUCACCUUGUGUUUAUUGCCGAUGCUAGUAAUCCUUUGUCAUUUGAUUUAAAAUCUGUUUUUGCUGGUCAGGUUAAAGAAGGACAGUUUGUGUAUGUUGCAGAGCCUGGCAACAGAGAGGUAGAGCCUGUUACAGUUGAGAAGGUUUACAGAACUCUGGACCAUGGGGCCUAUGCCCCCCUUACAGAAGAGGGGACAAUUGUUGUAGACAACAUUCUGGCAUCCUGCUAUGCAGUGUAUAACAAUCCCACUGUUGCACACUGGUCUUUUGGUCCUUAUAGGUGGUUAAACAAGGUGAAUAACCUUUUAGAGUACUUCACUCCAGCCUAUCUGUCUCCAAGACAGGACACAGUAUACGGAAUGGCAUGGUAUCCUCAUAUACUUUAUCAAGUUGCUUCAUUUCUUCAUCUUUUCUAGACAAACUGCAUACCAAAAUGAGAAAAUUUUUGUUUUGAAUGAAUGUAUUUCUCAAUAAAUGUUGUUCCCAUCAGCAUCAUCCUUUGGACAUUUUAAUUCUCCUACUUGCAGUGCCAACUUUUAUCUUCUACAGGCACUUUUAAGACCUCUUUCUUCUGACGACAUCAUAGAGUAAACCAUACUUAGCAUAUGUUUUGAAUACAGGUUGUUGACUAUGCUUGUAGUGGUCUGUAGACAAACUACUUAGUACUUAUCUGUGAACUUUGGUACUGAGAAGGAAACUUUAAGGUGCUCACAUUACAUUCAAGUUGUUCAGACAGGUCCUGUUUGGAGUGACACUGCAUUAAAAUACUGGAUUUUGAAAAUGAAAUAUUGUGCAUUUUUCUGAAUAAAUCUUAGGUAAAUCA